UGGAAACACAACGGGUAAAAACUGAACCGAUACACGGAAUACCGACUAAAUGUUGUUUUUUUUUGGUGCAAACCUGCACGCGCUGCGUUUUUCCCCUAACAUUUCGGCGACAGCGCUCGCGCUCCAGGCUGCAAAUAAUGAAUUAACCAACAGGAGGAAAUAAACAGCGGCUAGCUGCAGCCACAUUGCAUUGUGUUCCCUGGAUAUAAUACGCAUUUUCCUACAAACUGCUCCCGUGCACUAUUGAUGAAACCCUUAUCUGGUGUGGAAUGGACACUUUUACCACCAAUAAUAAUAAUAAUAAUAGUAAAAAAAAAAAACCCUCAAGCUGCUCUGCUAGUCAGAGGCUGAAGUGUUUAAACAAAGAAAUGCAUUCUUAAAGAAGAAGGACAGCACAGGCUGGAUUUGCUCUUAAGGUAAUUUUUCUGUGUUGCUGCCCAGAGGUGAGGUGAGGUGAGGUGAGGCGAGGCAGGUGGAGCCGCUGAGCGGAUGCCUGUAGCGGCGGGCGCCGCGUGCCCUCGACAAUGAGCCGGCUGAUGCUGGGCCGCACUCUGGAGCGGGUCUGCAAGGCUGUGCUGCUGCUCUGCCUCGUGCACUUCCUCAUCAUGAUGAUCCUUUACUUUGACGUCUACAGCCAGCGCUUUGACAUCUUCAGCCGCUUCAACAACGGCCGCGGUGCCAACGCUUCACGCUGGCCGCACCAUUCUUACUACAACUACUCCGGCACCAGGCCCAACGCCACCUUCGCUAGCUACGUACCUGCCUCAGAACAGCUGCCACCCAACGGCAAGCCUGAACUCAACCGCACACACACGACCCCCAAGCCUAUUCCUCCUUGCCCAGAGGUGCCUCCUGGACUGGUGGGGCGUCUUCUGAUCGAGUUCAGCUCUCUGAUGAGCAUGGAGAGGGUGCAGAGAGAGAACCCUAACGUGACGGAAGGGGGCAAGUACACACCGCCGGACUGUCGGCCAAAGCAAAAAGUAGCCAUCAUCAUUCCAUUUCGGCACAGAGAACACCACCUGAAAUACUGGCUCCAUUACCUGCACCCCAUCCUACGGCGGCAGAAGAUUGACUAUGGAAUCUACAUCGUCAACCAGCUUGGCGAGGACACCUUCAACCGGGCCAAGCUGCUAAACGUCGGUUAUACAGAGGCUCUAAAGGACGGCGAGUACGACUGCUUCAUCUUCAGUGAUGUGGAUUUGAUCCCUAUGGAUGACCGUAACUUGUACCACUGCUACGACCAGCCGCGCCACUUUGCUAUCGCCAUGGACAAGUUUGGAUUUAGGUUACCGUAUGCAGGAUAUUUUGGAGGGGUCUCUGGCUUAAGCAAGAAGCAGUUCCUCAAAAUCAAUGGCUUCCCCAAUGAGUACUGGGGAUGGGGAGGAGAGGACGAUGACAUCUACAACAGGAUUACACUGAACGGGAUGAAGGUGUCUCGGCCGGAUGUGAAGAUCGGCCGCUACAGGAUGAUCAAGCACGAGAGGGACAAGCACAAUGAGCCCAAUCCCCAGAGGUUCAAUAAAAUCCAGAAUACCAAGAACACCAUGAGGAAGGACGGCAUCAGCUCGCUGACGUAUCGCCUGGUCUCCAUUAAAAAGUACCCGCUCUACACCAACAUCUCGGUGGAGAUUGGUAAACCCCCUCCAAGACCACUCAGAGGAUAGACCAUGGCUAGGUCCGAACACACACACACAAACACACACACACACACGUCUAUAUAUACACACACCGUCCAUGGCCGUGAGCCUCUGUGUGCAGCAGUGACAUGCUGAACAGGUUAGUUCUCAGGAAUACACUGGACUUCUUGUGGAUUUAUAAAUCCACAUGCAGAUUUCGACUCCAGUACAGACUCU